GAUAGUCACAUUUUGGAAACUGGAAUUGAUUCAUCUGUUCAGCUUUGCUGAUUCUGCAACUCUUGUUUUUUCUGUUUUAGGUAGGAGCGAUGGAUAAGAGACGUGGUUGGCUGUGGAGCGCGGCAGGCCUGGAUCCUGCUCACCAACACCAGGGCUGAGGAGCUGCAGAGGGGAGGAGACUCCCCCCUCUGCCUCAUCUCAGCUGUCUUUCACACACUCAUCUUCAUUAUCCAGUCUGACAGUGUGUAAACUAAGUCUUGACUUGACAUUUGCUGAGUUUUGAGAGGCAGCUACGUCCACUUCUGCCUCCUCAGGGGCCCCUGGACAUCGUUGUAUGCCCCCCUGAAUCUGAGCCAUGAGGAACAGAUCGAGCCUGCUGCUGGGCUGCGUGCUCCUCUGCUCCGCCUCCCUGCUCUACCUGGGGAUGAGCGGGAUAGAGUGUCCCCCCAAAAGCCAUCGGUACCGGUGGAUGGAGCUGAACCUGGGCUCAGCCAAUCACAGCUCAUCCCUGACCGAACAUUUCCCAGAAGACACGCCCCUCAUCUUCAUCGGAGGCUUUCCCAGGAGCGGCACCACUCUGAUGCGUGUCAUGCUGGACGCCCACAAUGCAGUGCGGUGCGGGGAAGAGACCCGAGUGAUUCCCCGCCUCCUGGCCAUGCGGGCCACCUGGAGCCGCUCGGUGAAGGAGAGGAUCCGAUUGGACGAGGCCGGCGUCACCGACCAGGUGUUAGAUUCAGCCGUCAGAGCAUUCCUGUUAGAGGUGAUAGUUGGCCACGGGGAGCCUGCACCUCGCCUCUGCAACAAGGACCCGUUCGCCUUGAAAUCUCUCUCGUAUCUGUCACGCAUCUUCCCCAAAGCCAAGUUUGUGCUCAUGCUACGAGACGGGCGGGCUACCGUCCAUUCCAUGAUAUCACGCAAGGUGACUAUCUCAGGCUUCGACCUGACCAGCUACAGGGACUGUCUGACCAAGUGGAGCAGCGCCAUGGAGACCAUGUUCAGCCAGUGCAUGGCGGCCGGGGAGUCCAGAUGUCUGCCCGUCCACUACGAGCAGCUCGUCCUCCACUCAGAGGAGGAAAUGAGGAAGUUGCUUCACUUCCUGGAGCUGCAGUGGGACCCGUCAGUGCUGCACCAUGAAGAGCUGAUAGGGAAGGCUGGGGGCGUGUCUCUGUCCAAGGUCGAGCGCUCCACAGACCAGGUGAUAAAGCCGGUGAACACAGACGCCCUCUCCAAGUGGGUCGGGCACAUUCCCUCCGACGUGAUCAGCGACAUGGCUGAGAUCGCCCCCAUGCUGGCUCGCCUCGGUUACAAUCCCCACGACAACCCACCCGACUACACCAAGCCAGAGCCCAUUGUGUCUCCGCUCAACCACUCACAGAAUUUGAAAGCAACAGAGAAUCCACAUCCCAGUUAAGCUUUCCAAGGAACAUCCCUGAAAUCCAGACUCCCUGUUCCACUCUAUGGAUGCACCUUAAAGACAGACUUCUCAUUCAGCAGUAAUUAAACCUCAAAGGACAGAUGUUAAAAGUAUUUCAUGUGUAUUUUUGAAUAGUUUUUAAGACUUAUGUCUGGUGUACAUGUCUGAAUGCGGAUAGGAGUGUUAUAAACACGACCUCACACAGUGGUUUGUGUUUUAUAUCCCAUGUGGAUUAGCUUCUGGAAGAAGUUUCUCACUUUCCAACAUGUCCGAUUCAACAGUAUUACACUGCAAUGACGCGUCCUCUCACCUUGUAACUGAAAGUAUUUCAACAUGUCUGUAGAGUUGUUUAAUUCACCACAAAUGUGAAUGUGUCUUUAGAAGAAUCUUUCACUUACUGAGAGCUCAGUCAGGGUUCAUGAAGCAUAAUGACUGUAUAUUUUUGAAGACGUAUGUUUAUUUUCUUAAUAAAUUAUUUUGGUGUUGACAAUUCAUUCAGGACCUUAAUGUUGAUUUAUCUGAAUUGAGGGUUUUUUGAUUGUUGUAAAUUGUUCAACAUGAAUAAAAAAAGUGUCUUAAUGUCA